UUUUAAAGUGAGAAAGUUGACCGUGUUUUUUGGAACGUGAUCCUUGGCUUGAAAUCCGAUUGUUUUGAUUGAUCACGCCUUUCUCUGACAAUCUAGCAGCCAGACAAAACAGUUGAAAUUGUCUGAUUUAUUACAGCUGAUGUGAUACCUUUAGGCAUCAUGAACUACAGCUAGCAUCCAUCGCCAUGGUAACUCCUAAAAAGUCAUCUAAAAGUGACAGUUCUAGCUAUCUGACCAGUGGCCAUGCCAAAGACAUACUCACAUCUGUCAACAAGCUGCGUAAAGAUGGCAAGCUUUGUGACGUGGUACUGCAAGUUGAGAAGAAGGAAUUUCCAGCGCACCGCAUUGUCUUGGCAUCGUGCAGUGACUACUUUUAUGCCAUGUUUACUAAUGAUAUGCUGGAGAGCCAGAAGGGUGUUAUAGAGUUACAAGGGCUGGCGUCAGAUACAAUGGAAGUGCUGCUUGACUUUGUUUACACAGAGACGGUAAAAGUGAGUGUUGAGAAUGUGCAAGCUCUUCUUCCAGCAGCAUGCCUCCUACAACUCACUGGUGUGCAAAAAGCUUGCAGUGAAUUUCUACAACACCAGCUUGAUCCAACUAACUGCCUUGGAAUCCGUGCAUUUGCCGACACUCAUUGCUGUGAUGAGCUUAAAGCUGCAGCUGAAAAUUUCAUCCACAAACACUUUACUGAGAUUGUUAAAAGUGAAGAAUUCAUGAUGCUGAACUCUGAUGAUGUCAUGUGCUUAUCUAAAAGCGAUAACUUGACUGUACCAUCAGAGGAAGCUGUGUUUGAUGCCAUUUUAAAAUGGAUCAAGCAUGAUCAGGUUCAACGCAAGGACUAUCUACCUGUCAUGCUGGAAAAUGUCAGACUCCCUCUUCUCUCCCCCCGCUUUCUCACUGAUGUUGUUGAUAAUGAGGCCCUAAUACGUGAGAGCUUAGCAUGCCGGGACUUGGUAGAUGAAGCGAAAAGGUACCACCUGAGGCCGGAAUGUCGCCACCUCCUACAGUCCCCUCGAACCAAGGCGAGGUAUGGACUGGCAGAGAUUAUGUAUGUUCUAGGUGGCUUUGGCAACAUGCAGUCCCCAGUGGAUAUUGUGGAGAAAUAUGACCCCAGAACCAAGCAGUGGACAGAAGUCCAGCCCAUGAGCAAGAAGCGGCGGUACCUGUGCGCUGUGGCCCUUGGCAACAGACUGUUCGCACUGGGAGGGUACGACUCCUCAAGCCGACUGAAUACCGUUGAGUGUUAUAACCCUAUCGUCUCGCAAUGGAACACGGUCACGCCCAUGCUACAGAGGAGGGGACUGGCUGGUGCAGUGACGUUGGAUGGAAAAAUAUAUGUCUCCGGAGGAUUUGACGGCACAGUUCGCCACACAAGUGUUGAAUGCUAUGAUCCGAACAUCGACCGCUGGUCAAUGGCAAGCAGGAUGCUGUCACCCCGUGAAGGAGCUGGCCUAUCUAAUAUGGAUGGCAUACUUUAUUCAGUGGGAGGGUAUGAUGGGACAAACAUCCUUAACACUGUGGAGCGUUUCGACCCAAGGACUGGGCAGUGGACAGCUGUUGCACCAAUGGGAACAAGGAGAUCAGGGGCUGGAGUUACAGUACUUGAUGGUCAACUUUAUGCCAUUGGAGGUUACGAUGGCAACCAUCACCUAGCAACGGUAGAGUGUUAUAGUCCAUGUACAGACCAAUGGCGACCGGUAGCCAGCAUGCAAUCCAAGAGAUGUUAUGUGGGAGGAAGUAUCCUUGGUGGGAAACUAUGUGCUGUCGGUGGGUACGAUGGCACGGCACUACAAGACACUAUAGAGAUUUAUGAUGUGGUGUCCAAUGCUUGGAGCAUUUUGUCUUCAAUGAGUACCAGUCGUUGUGAUAUGGGUGUCUGUGUUUUGGCUGAUCCUUACGGCUGAUAACCUAACCCUUGUAGUGAUGUAAUUACGGUGGCCAUUCUUCCAUAAAUAUGACCUACAUCAGAAAUUCUCACCCAAGAAGCCCUUUUAUGAGUAAAAAUAGCACCUUAUAAAAAUAUGAUUUCUAGCCUUUUAAUGAAAAAAUAUAAGUAUAUGGAAAAAUAACAUGAAUUACCCUGGGUACCAGAAGCUCUGAGCUUCGCUGCAACAAAGAUUUGAGUGAAACGUUUUUUUCCGGGAAGCUGUUACCCAGGGUAAACACGAGUAUGAUCCCCAUCAGAACUUAGGAUUUAAAUUGAAAUAAUGACCAAAUGGAGAGGGUAGAGACUUUUUUGCCUCCUUGUCCCCAUAUGUCACUAGUCAAAGAUAGAAGCGAUUCUCUACUAAGUGGCGGGGCACUACUCAUAUCAUUGGCUCUGCAUUAGAUGGUACGGUGCAAAGAGGGCUGUCCAUGCCUGUUGGACUGCUCUCCACAAUGAAACUUGUCCAGAGCCUGAAAAUAAGGAGGAGUGUAAUAGGUUAACCUGACCAAUUUAUCUAUGCCAUAAAUUACAGGCAGGAUCAAGGGCAGUGGUGGGUAGGGCCUCCACCAGCCGACUCACCCCCCUCUCUAUGUGUCCUUAGGAUUUCUUAGAUGAUGCCCCUUUUAGAAUACUGGAUCCUCCCAAAAAGGUUUUCAGUCUAUUAUAUGUGCCUUGCUACAAGCCAGGAUAAAUCUUACACAGCAAUUUCUUUUACUCACCUUGAUUGUCUGACCUUGCAAGUAAUAAAUACAAACACAGCAAGAGGAUAGUUGCUCGA